GUCCCCGCCCACCUCGAGGGAGGGGCGGGGCUUGAGGUGGCAGGCUGCGCGCGCACAUCUCCCUAUCUGACCGUUCCCGGCCUCCGUCAUCAGAUUCCGAAAAAAUGGCGGGCCUGAGGGGCUGCUCUCCCGCCCUCGCCCUGGACCCUCCUGCACUACAUACUCCUCCGAGACGGGGGCCUCGGACCCCAGGGCUCCGGAGGACUCAGCCAGGACUUUCCAAAAGUUGCCGCGGGACCUUCCGAUCCCCGCGGCCGUCUCCCAAGUCUGGCCAGGCUGAUGGGGCCGGUGGGGAGUCUCUGCACCUUGACAUUCAGAAACUGAAGGAAAAGAGGGACCUGCUGGACAAGGAGAUCGUCCAGUUAAUAUCUGAAGGCUACAGUGUGGAUGAACUGGAGGACCACAUCUCCCAGCUCCAUGAGUAUAAUGACAUCAAGGAUGUAGGCCAGAUGCUUCUAGGCAAACUAGGUUUUCACAACCACCUGACACCAGACAGCUCCCAUCAUCCUCCUCACUUUGUAGAAGAGGAAACAGGCUCAGUGAGUAGAAGCAACCUGUCAAAGUCACACAGUGGCCAAGCGGGAACAAAAGCCCCUGUCUGUCUGGCUCCAGACUCCGGCCUUCCAACCCGGGCCCCACACUGUGAGGCCUUCAUGGGUUCUCCUCCCAGCCUGGGUGCCCUCUGAGGACAAGACUGUCAGAUUCAUCUCGAGUGACACCUUCUGUGCCUGCACCUCACAUGUAUUUAGUAUUUCCCUACCAAAUGUGACCCUGAUCCCAACCUCUAGGUCCUGAGGGAGAGCUAGUGAUCUAACUGGAGAUGGGUGCAGGACGGGGUCAGGCUUUCAGAGUCUCUCACAUGUCUGAAGUCCUACACAGCUGUCCCCUCACUUUUCCCUUGCAGCUUCCUGGGCCACAUCACCUUCCAGUGUAGGAGGAGCAAGAGAGGUCAGCAGCCAGGCUUGGGGUGAGGGGGGCAGCCUCAGGAGGAGAGGCCCCCACCUGCAGGUUCCCCCCCCACCUCGCCCCAUUUUCUCCACACAGACAGCUGGCUUGUCGUAUCUCUGUCUACACUGUGUGUCUCCAUGCCAGGAGCUGGGAGCCACAGCCCCUGGUUCUCUGCCAUGCAGUGUUCACCUGCCAGCAGAAGUCAGGGGUCUAAGAAAUGAUGACAAUGCAGUUCGAUCAAAGGCUGUUGUGGGUCACAGAAACACGUGAACAGCACCUAACCAGUUUGGGACACUGGGGAAAUGUCACAGGGUAGAGACACCCAUGCAUGUACUGGGAGUCCUCCAGACAAGAACAUGGGUGAGGAUUCCAGGAGGAGAAAUGACAUUGACAGAGGCCCUGAGGCGGAGAUCUUGGUGGACCCAGGACAGGUACUGGGCACUCAGUCUGCUUGGACAGGGAUUAGAGACAAUUUUCUGACUAUUUACUUGGACUCUUGGUGCAGAUGGGACCCUACUCCAGACACAGUGUUAACCCAGCUCUGCAUUUGGGGCUGAUGAUUUUUGCAGGGAGAUAGGUACAGUUUUUAUUUUCUGUAACUCACAUUUCAUGAUCUAACUCCUACAGUUUGAAAAAAAAAUCCAAUGAGACAUUAGCUCCAAUGAAGACGUUAAAAGAAGACACAUAGUGGGUGCCUGACAGGCUCGCUCGGAAAAGGGUGCAACUCUUGAUCUCGGGGUUCAUGUGUUUGAGCCCCAUGUGGAGCA